AUGAUACAAACAGCAAAGUUGAGCCAAGACAGUGGGGCACCAUUAGAAGAUAACUCUCAGUAUAGAAGGUUGAUUGGGAAAUUAUUAUACCUGACCAUAACAAGACCAGAUAUAUGCUUUGCAGUUCAACAACUAUCCCAAUUCCUAGACAAGCCUACUACUGAUCAUCUCCAAGCAGCUCACAGAAUUUUGAGAUAUGUGAAAAAUUCCCCAGGCCAAGGCUUAUUCUUUCCAGCAAACUCAAGUCUCAAAUUGAGAGGAUUUGCAGACUCAGACUGGGCUGCCUGCAUUGAUACUAGAAGAUCAGUAACAGGGUUUUGUAUGUUCCUAGGAGAGGCUUUAAUCUCCUGGAAAUCCAAGAAACAAGGAACAAUAUCCAGAUCAUCUUCAGAAGCAGAAUACAGGGCCAUGGCUCUUGCUGCCUGUGAGAUCCAAUGGUUGAUCUAUCUUCUUGAAACAUUGGAAGUAAAAAUGGAGGGGCCUGCUGUGUUAUACUCUGACAGUAAAUCAGCAAUAGCCAUUGCUGAAAACCCAGUGUUUCACGAACGAACAAAGCAUAUAGAGAUUGAUUGUCAUCUUAUAAGGGAGAAACUACAAAAAGGCAUCAUCAGGUUAUUGCAUAUUUCCACUGACAACCAGACUGCUGACAUCCUAACCAAGCCAUUGCAACCUCUGUCAUUUCAAAAACUUGUUUCCAAACUGGGGCUUCAUUCCAUGUACAAUCCAGCUUGCGGGGUAUUAGAGGACAAGCCUACUACUGGUCAAGGAUAG